AUCCGUUACAAGGAAAUACAUAAAUACAUAGCACAGUAGUCAACAAUAAAAUAAUCAUCAAAUAUUUAAAGAUGAUGAUAUAUUUUAUUAUAACUGGAGCACUUGUCGUACAUGUUAUGUCUUUCAAUCCAUUGUUAACAUACACUAUACGUUUUAAAAAACUAUAUGCAAGACCUAACAUAACUAUAAAUUAUUAUUCGAUCGAUCAAUAUAAAGAUGCACAAUUCAUAAAUGGAAAAUUAACAAUAAAUACGAAAGAAUCUAUAAACAAAGUUGUUGGAGUUUUCUAUCGUUGUGAUCCUGAUGGCAUUAACUGUGAAUACUUUCAAACUUGGAAAUUAACAGAUAUCUGUCCUAAAUUAAAGGACAAGCAUCAAAUUUGGUCCCGUUGGUAUGGUUCGUUUGAUCCACCGAUGCAAUGUCCAAUAGAUAAAGGACAAUAUAAAAUUAUAAAUGGAACUGGUGAUAUUAGUCCGAUACUAUUGUGGUAUCCUGAAGCAACUGAUUACCAAUGGAGAUUAGUUCAAAAUACGUAUGCUGAUGAUGUAUUUAUUGGUAGCCUCGUGAUUGAAGGAUCAUUUUUUGGUUACAGAAAAAAA